UAGCAGCACUUUCAAAAUCGGUCGGGUCUUCACUUUUUCACUUUUUCGGGUCUCCAUACUCUCACCCGGGCGGGAAAUAACCGAAGAGGAUGAAGAUGAAAAACAUUACUGGAAGUACCUCUUCAUAUUCAAAUCCAAAUUGUUAAAAUUUUGUCUGUGUGGUCUUUCUUUUCAGUUAUCAAGUUGUAAGUAAAGAUUUUACAGUUUCAUUUCAAAUUCGUCUACGCGAUGGAUGGGGGAAGCAAUGUAGCUUCUGACCAAGUCAUUGCAGAGCUCAUAAGCAUGGGAUUUCAAAUUUCCGAGGCGACCAAAGCAAUCAAAGAAGUGGGCCCAUCGUUAGACGUUGCCGUUGAUUUCAUUUUAAAUGCCAAUGCCAACGCCAAACGAAAAACAAACUUACCGGGCACUGGAAAACUUGGGCGUGUCCGUCAUUCGAGCAUCAUGGAUCAUCUGCAAUCAGGAAGAUCCAAGAUUAUCAAGACAUCUGUCUCGAUUGCAGAUACACAUGGAGAGAAAUGUGAACCUGUGAAUACGUCGUUUUUGAAAGAUGAAGAUGCUGGAUCAGAUUGGGAAGUCAGAGCUAAUACGUUACUGCAUCACCAUUUUGGAUAUACAUCCUUAAAGCCGUUCCAAAAGGAAGCCUUGGAAGCAUGGAUAGCCAACAAGGAUUGCCUCGUUCUUGCUGCAACAGGAUCAGGGAAAUCUCUAUGUUUCCAGAUUCCAGCAUUACUAACAGGGAAGGUUGUGGUGGUGAUCUCACCCUUGAUAAGUUUGAUGCAUGAUCAGUGCUUGAAACUAGCAAGGCAUGGUGUGUCUGCCUGUUUCCUUGGAUCUGGACAGAUUGAUAAUAGUGCUGAGCAGAAAGCAAUGGAAGGGAAGUAUCAACUGAUCUACGUAUGUCCUGAAACGAUCUUGAGAUUAAUUAAACCCCUUCAAACCCUUGCUCAGAGUCGCGGAAUUGCUUUAUUCGCGAUUGAUGAAGUUCACUGUGUCUCCAAAUGGGGUCAUGAUUUUCGACCAGACUACAGGCGAUUGUCUGCACUGAGAGAGAACUUUAAUGUUGAAAAGUUGGCAUUCCUGAAGUCUAAUAUACCAAUAAUGGCUUUGACUGCUACUGCCACCAUUCGAGUUAGGGAAGAUAUUCUCAAGUCAUUGAAACUGUCAGAGGAUCCAAAUAUUGUUCUCACCUCUUUUUUCCGUCCAAAUAUUCGGUUUUCAGUAAAGCAUAGUAGAACAUCACCAUCAUCAUAUGAAAGGGACUUCUGUGAACUGAUCAAGGUAUACACUAACAAUCAAAGUUACAGUAAUACAAAUAUCUUAGAAGAGAGCGAAAAGAACUGGUUGGGUUUUACAGAAGAAAGAGAUUCUUUUGAAAGUGAUGAUGAUAUAAGUUUGUCAAGUGGAAGUUUUGUAGAAGUUUCAAAGAGAAAAGAACUAUCAGUUGAAUAUCUUGAAGAUGAUUGUGACCUAUCUGUGGAUGUUGAUGAUUUUGAUGUUACAUGCGGAGAGUUCGAUGGGUCAUCAACUAAGGAUUUGGAUGCUUGUGGCUCCUCUAGUAUAGCUGGUGGAGGGAAAAUGAAGACAGAACUUGAGCAAGGUUCAACUAUCAUAUAUGUUCCAACCAGAAAAGAAACAUCAAGCAUUGCAAACUACCUCUGUAGACGCGGUUUAAUAGCUGCUGCUUAUCAUGCAAAGCUGCCAAAAUCACAAUUGAGGAAGGUGCACAAAGAGUUUCAUGACAGUGCUAUACAGGUCGUCGUUGCAACAAUUGCUUUUGGCAUGGGUAUUGACAAAUCAAAUGUUCGUAGGAUCAUUCACUAUGGUUGGCCACAAAGUUUGGAAGCAUAUUAUCAAGAAGCAGGUAGAGCUGGAAGAGACGGGAAGUUGGCAGAUUGCGUUCUAUAUGCAAAUUUGUCAAGAAUGCCAUCGCUUCUUCCAAGCCGAAGAAGUGAAGAACAGACUAGGCAAGCAUAUAAGAUGUUAUCUGAUUGCUUCAGAUACGCUAUUCGUACUUCUAGAUGUCGAGCCCAAAUGCUGGUACAUUAUUUUGGGGAGGAUUUUAUAGACGGAAGUUGUCAUUCGUGUGAUAUUUGCAUUAAGGGACCUCCUGAAAAGCAAGAUGUGAAAGAUGAAGCUCGAAUUCUUAUGCAGACCAUUUCUGAUCACUACGAAGAAGGUGAUGUGGAGGGAUCUUAUGAUGAUUAUAACUUUGAUCAUAAUAGAAGUCAAACAUGCACGGAGAAGCCAAAUGUCAAAAUGUUUGUUAGACAAAUCCGGGAACAGAGUCAACAACUAGCCACCACGGAUCUCUUAUGGUGGCAAGGUCUUGUACGUGUUCUUGAAGACAAAGCGUUCCUUAGAGAGGGAGAUAACCAGACUCAUGUUCAGAUAAAAUUUCCUGAACUAACCAAACUUGGGUUGGAAUACCUAAGGACCAAGUCGGAGCAAACAUUUUAUAUUUACCCGGAGGCUGAUAUGUUGCUCUCCCAAAGUAUGCCCAAAGCUUACGCAUCCUUUUCAGAAUGGGGAAAAGGCUGGGCCAACCCUGAGAUUCGGAAACAGAGACUUGCAAGAAAUAGACCGUGGAAAAAGCCACGUCAAAGAAAAAAACAGAAAUGCCACACGGAUAUGAAAACAGUUAGAGGGAGGUUAGCUGCAAAACUCUCUAAAUAAUGAUAGUUUGUUAUUUAUAUGUUCAGCCAUAUUUAAAACUAAGAUACAUGUUCGUUAUCAGAUUAGAGGUGCCACUUUUAACCCGUUUACUUGUAACUUGUAAAUUUGGGUUGCGUCAGGUAGUUUUGUAGUUAUUUCUUUACUUGCUUUUUUUCCGGAAACACAUGCUAGGGAAGCAAGUCUUGUGGGUUCAAUGGAAAUGGGUAUGACCAUGGCUUUUUCA